ACACCUUCUCUAUCUCUUUCUCUUUCUCUUUCAUUUGAAAUUUCUUCAAAUAUUCUUCGUUUUUUUCUCUCGUACUCUCCCGUUAGUUUUUUGUACCAUUUAGAUGAAUAAGUGUAACAUCAGAGAAUUUUUGCAUAUGUGACAUCACGUGAGUUAAACAUUUCAAACUGGAUGUGACGUGUCGUCCUUCUUGAACCAGUUAGGACCUUGGUACAGGGCGUAUUUAAACGAACGAUCCGUUUCAAUUUAUUUUUCCUCUUCUUCCUCGUCGUCGUUGUCGUCGUUGUUGCUUUUCGAAGGUUAGUCUUUCAUACGAAUGGCCACGAGAGUGUUUACGUUUCAGCGAUCCUGUAUGGAACUAUUAAUAUCGAGUUCAUUGUCAUCGUUAACACGAAGGCUAUUAUCGUGAGAAGAAGAAAAUAGAGAAAGAGAAAGAAAAAGAGAGAAAGAGAGAGAAAGGACAAGCGCGUAUUGGAAAUGUGCGACAAAGAAAACCAGCAACCAACAAAAGUGAAUGCACUCGAGGAUAUUGAGGAGGACAUGCAGGAAGAAGAUGCGAUGUCACCGAGCAGUAGAUGUAUGGACGACGCUAUAAACAACACGAUCAUGGAGAAGCUACAAAGUUUCGCGUUAAAACAUAAUACAGGAGGGGAAGCAUUGAAGGCCUUAAUAACCAAGAUACACGCACGAGUCACCUCUUCAGAUAAACGAGUUCGCGAGGAUAUGUUGGAAAAAUUAUGGACCAAGGGUUCUGGUGCAAUGGAAAUUUUUAUUAUCAUUCUUGCGCAUUGCAAGGAUCUUGUGGUGAUUUAUAGUAUUGCUGCAAUAUUACACGAGUGUAUAAUGCCAAAAGUAACGAAAGGCAAAUCGAAAGGAAGCAAAACCAAAAGUGCAACAAAAAGCAGUAGCCGAAUAGCGGUCAUUCAACUGAUAAACUUAGGGAUCACGCAAGUCCUAGUUAAAAAUUUAAUGAAUAUCCAGAAUCAAGACAGUCCUAUUGUAGAUGUCUUGAUGCAAGAAGUUCUAUGGAUUUUGGAACAGAUCUGCCAAUGGGAUGUGAGAAUUUUAGCAAAUGUAAAAAGUUCAAAUUGUAUCAAGAUAUUUCACACGCUCCUCGCACAAAAUUAUAACAACAGUAAAAUAAUUCUUCCAUUGUUGCUGAUAAUGAAAACUCUUGCUCAAAAUUCAUUUUGUCAAGAAGUUCUUAUUAAUGACGGUAUAGUUAAUACAUUGGAAAAGACCCUAAUAUUUGUUGGUAAUGCAUCUAACAUUAGAUUAAGAGUUUUGGUAGAAUGUUUGAAAUAUUUUACUACUAACAAAUUAUGCUGCAAGAAGCUCGUAAAGAUUGGGAUUGUAAAUCAAUUGAUGCGAAUUUUCGACAGAUGGGAGAGAUUCGAGGGACAGAUGAGACUGAAGAUAUGCAACUACGCUCUGAACACGCUACAGCAUCUUUGCGUAAUAAAGUCUGGUAGGAAUGCUAUUAAGUCGAACAAUGGUCUACAGCUACUGUACCGGUUUUGUACAUACUGCCCGGAGGAAAAAGCCUACGAUUGCUUAUUGUCACGUAUAUGUAGUAUAAUCAAUCAAUGUCUGGAAAAGAAGGACUUGCCUGUACCCAUAAUGUCUCCUGCAAGAUUCAAUCUACCGGAAGCAAAUACCAGGGCUAACAGCAUCGAAAGUGGAAGUGACCUUGACAGUCAAGCUAACAGCGUGGCCUCGCUUGGAAGAUUAUAUAGUGAUUUUGAUUCAGGAGACGACGAAGAUAGUCAUAGUUCAAAAAGAACGAGCGAUAAGAAUUUGUAUCCUACCGAAGAGAUAGAUGAGAGUCAAUUUUUUGCUGGAGUUUAUACAUCUCAAAGGACUGAGGAAAAUUUGAUUUGGUAUAGCAAUUUUUUUAAAGAGUUAAAUAAUUAUCAAAUAAAACUCGAACAUACUACGUCAAAUUUAACAGUUAACUAUGAUAAAACGAACACUCGGUCAAAAAGUCUAUUAAAGGAAAUGCAUAAGGACGAAAUGGAAUAUCAAAUAAAGCAUAAAAAUAUAUUAUCUAAUUUCAAAACUCUAAAAGAUCUUUCAUUAGCUACUACUAAUCAGCUAGCUUAUUGUAUAAUAGCAACCGAAGUGAAAAGUAUUAUCAGAUUUGUCAAAGUUGCUUAUCCCGAUUUGAUCGGUGGUGACUCUUUUGGAAAACCAGAACCAUUAAACUGCAAAGAUAGGAAAGUUUGUCGUGAAAAAUUAUUAACUUGCGUGGAAAGAAGUCUUCACGCUAAUACAAAAAAUUACGAGGUUGUUUAUAAUCUGGAUGUUCUAGCGAUGAAUGUACCAACGAAUGAUCGAGUUUCGGAUAAAUUACUUUGUAACUGGGACGAAAAGAGAAUUGGAAAAAGGAACUUGGAGACCAAAUAUUUACAAUUUGAAUCUCGUUUUGAAAGUGGAAAUUUAAGAAAAGCUAUUAAGAUAGGCUUGAGAGAAUACGACUUGAUCUUAACACCAGAUGUUAACAGUGUUUCUGGACACCAAUGGUUUUACUUCGAAGUUUCAAAUAUGGAAAUAAAUGCUCCUUACACGUUCAAUAUAAUAAAUUGCGAAAAAGCCAACUCUCAGUUUAAUUUCGGUAUGAAGCCUAUUCUGUUCAGCGUAAUCGAAGCGCAAUUGGGACGACCUGGUUGGGUCAGAACUGGGACAGAUAUCUCUUACUAUAGAAAUUGUUAUCAGAAACCAACGAAGGGAAAGAAUUAUUUGACGACAACUUUCACAGUUAUCUUUCCUCAUGCUCACGACGUUUGUUAUCUGGCAUAUCACUUCCCUUAUACUUAUACUCAAUUAAUGACCAAUAUUUGGAAAUGGACUGGAAGGAUUAGUUCUUCGAACAUUUACUUUCGUGCCGAUUCAUUUUGCGAGUCGUUAAAUAACAAUGAAAUUCCAUUACUGACUAUAACUGCGCCAGAUUCUAAAGACAAUCCUAUAUCAAACAGAAAAAUGAUCUUUCUUACGUCGAGAGUUCAUCCAGGUGAAAGCAACGCAUCAUGGAUAAUGCAUGGAACAUUGGAGACUCUUCUAAGCAAUUCCACUUAUGCUAGUAGCUUACGUGACGAUUAUGUAUUUAAAAUCGUUCCGAUGUUGAACCCAGAAGGUGUGGUCAAUGGUUGCAAUCGAUAUGGACUAACGAAUGAAGACUUGAACAGACAGUGGAGCAAUCCAGAUCAAUCGUUACAUCCAGUGAUCUAUCACACGAAGGGCUUGAUGGAAUACUGCACUAGGGUCCUGAGAAGACCUCCUCACGUCUUCGUCGACUAUCACGGCCAUUCACGGAGGAAGAACGUGUUUCUCUUCGGUUGUUCAAGGUCGAGUUCCUGGAGCGCCGCGGACAGGGCGAAACCGGACCAGCCGGUGCAGUAUUUGAUGUUACCACAUUUAAUGCAAAAGGUUUCACCGGCUUUUGCUUUGCCGUUGUGCUCCUUCAAGGUAGAAAGAAAUAAGGAAUCCACCGCCAGGGUUGCCAUAUGGCGGGAGUUGGGUAUUUCGAGAAGUUAUACGAUGGAGAGUAGCUUCUGUGGUUGCGAUCAAGGAAAACUCGCUGGAUUACAUUUCGAUACGGAUCAUUUGAAAGAUGUUGGACGUGACUUUUGUCAAGCAUUAGCCAUGAUGAAGGAUGCUGAUGAAAAUUUAAAUAUUGAUAAGAUUCUAGUGGAAGAAAAUAUUCCUGAAAAAUCAGGAUGCAUGGUGGAAGAAGUAACUUCCAGUUGUGAUUCGGACGAGUCUGAUUUGGAGACUUAAGGAUUUAUCUUUCCUUCAGUUUGAAAGAUUUGUAAAUCGAACGUCCACUUGCCAGAAGAUAAAUUAUUUACUCAUUGUUGUUGAAAAAUACGUCGAUUCUGGUUCCGAAUCGGGCAUAUACGAAGUCAUUAUUUUGUGAAAAAGAUUUAUUGAAAAAUUUUAACAAAUGGUGAAAAUCUUUUAUCACUUAUUUACUAUCUACAUACACACGACAAGCUGUUGUUUCGAAUAUCUAAAAAAAAAAAGAAAAAGUGCAAAUAAAAAAGUUCACAAAGCUUACCCUUCUACGACAUACGAGUUAGCACGAUUGAAAAGUCUUGUACGAAUUUACAAUAAUGUUAUCUUUGUAAAGAAAGUCAAAUUGAAAUUUCUCGGAACCAGAAUUUUUUUCAAAUGGAAUAUUCUUCGUGUCGAAUUUAAAUCCUGUUGUUACAAUUUUUCUGAUAGUUCAAAAAUGUAAUUCAUUCAAAUCUUAUAUCACAAAGCGUAGUUAUUAAGAAUUAAAUUAAACACGAAGAAAAUCCAACGAUUACGUUUACGAGUUGAUCGCGAAAGCAAAAGUAUAUAACGAUUACUCCAAUAAACGACAAACUAUUGACAAUAUCUUUGGUAGGAAUUUUCAAAUAUAUAAUAGCUCACAUAUACAUGCGAUCGGCUAAUGUAAGACUUCUAAUCUACUUGAAUAUUAGAAUAAUAUGAAGAUGAUCGCUCGCACUCUCGCAUUCUCUCUUUGUACCUUGCUACCAGUUACAUACAUGUGAUACAUUUAAUAGAAAAUAAAAAGAAAUAAAAUAAAA